CUGACGUCACAGGCAGCAGUGGCAGCGCCAGUCAGUCCGGCGGAGCUGAGGACUGGAAGGACGAUGGCGACCGACAAAGCGACUCUCUUCAGUUAAACCUGACAUUUGAAACCACCGUCAGAGAACCGCCAACGAUGGAGCGGCAGGGUCUCCCCGACCAGGACCCGCUGCUGCAGUUUCUGAAGCGGCUGAAGGAGGUUUUUGAUGUCUGUGACGAGGAUGCUGACGGCUUCAUCCGGGUGGAGCACUUGAUGGACCUUGGGCUUCAGUUCGGUCAAGGAGACGAGGUCAAAAAGCUGACUAAGCACCUGUGUCCCAAUGCUCACGGCAAAAUCAACUUCAAAGAGUUCUGCCAUGCAGUGUUCGCUAUCAAAGGUUUUGAGGAGAUAUUAAAGAUGGCGGUUAUCCCUCGGAGUCAGACAUCCCAGCACCAGUCAGUGACAGACAACGGCUACGUUUAUCAGAAUGGUGAGGUGCAGCUCAGCCCUCCUAUCAUCACAUGUAGGCGAUCUUACCCAGAAUGCAGCAUGUACAACGUGAGGCGUGGAGCUGAGGCAGAGUGUGACAUGGACAGCGUUGCUGAAAACACCCACAGCUCUGACUCCCAAGAGACAUCACAGGACAGCCACAGACACGUGACUGGAUCGGCGUUGGCCCCUGCCGUCCCCAGAGAGGAGCAGUUUGAGGACUAUGGUGAGGGGGUGGAUGUGGACUUCAGCCCCAGCAGCCCUUGCCCUGAAGACGACAGCAGGACCAAUGGCUUCUCUGACCUGGGUUCCUCACUCCCUUCCAGUGCUGGUCAUACUCCUCAGAAGAUGCAGCAGCUGUACAACAGCGAUCUGCUCGACAUCUACUGUUCUCAGUGCUGCAAGAAAGUGAAUCUUCUCAAUGACCUGGAGGCUCGUCUUCGAAACCUCAAGGCAAACAGUCCUAACAAGAAGAUCUCCAGCACAGCGUUUGGACGUCAGCUGUUCCAGGCCAACCUCGGAGUUUUUGGCUCCAGUCAGGGCAGCAGCACAGAGGACCUGUUCACAGACAGCAUCGACUCCUGUGACCUCGACAUCACAGACAAAGUCAGUUAUCUGGAGAAGAAGGUGACUGAGUUGGAGAGUGACAGUUUGGCCAACAGUGACCUAAAGUCUAAACUCAAACACGAGAACACCCACCUGGUCCACAGGGUGCAUGAGCUGGAAGAGCAGGUGAAGGAUGCUGAGACAAAGGCAGCAGAGACGCUGGGGGAGGAGAUGAAGCGCCACCGUGAGGCUUACAGCAAGAUGGAGAGAGACAGAAACACAGAGAUAGAUCUGCUCUGUUGCCGGGUCCAGCAGUUAGAAGAGGAGAAUGGAGACAUGAGCGUAAAUGUGAGCAGACUCAAGUCUCAGUCUGAGAAGCUGGACCAGGAAAAGCAAAGGAUGACGGACAAACUGGAGGACACCAGUCUGAGGCUGAAGGAUGAGGUGGACCUGUACAGAAAGAUCAUGGAUAAGCUCUGGCACAACCGCCACGCGUUUCAGAAAGAAAAAGAGGCCAUGCAGGAGUUGAUUGAUGAUCUGCGCCGGGAGCUGGAGCAUCUGCAGCUGUUCAAGUUGGAAAUGGAACAUCCUGGGAAAGGCAAAGGCCUGUCAGAGUAUAACGCCAAGACCAGAGAGAGUGAAAUGGAACAUGAAGUCAGGAGACUGAAGCAGGAGAACUUUAAGCUCAGAGACCAGAACGACGAUCUCAACGCUCAGAUUCUGAGUCUGAGUUUGUAUGAAGCAAAGAACUUGUUUUCCUGCCACACCAAGGCGCAGUGCCUCGCUGCUGAGAUCGACAACGCUUCGAGAGACGAGCUUGUCGACGCUCUGAAAGAACAGGAAGAGAUCAACCUGCGUCUGAGACAAUAUAUGGACAAAAUCAUUCUGGCCAUUCUUGAUCACAAUCCUUCCAUCCUAGAGAUUAAGCAGUAAACUUUACAUUUCUUUUAGUGUAGUAGUGGUAAUUAGACAUGGCACCAGUGUCUAUAUGUCUGAAUGUUUGAAUGAAAGGCUUCAAACACUGAAUGGACUUGAACAGGUUUUUUUUUUUUACCUUUCCAGUCUUUGUCUUUUUUUUUUUUUUUUUUCAAAAAAAAAAUGUUUGAACUUUUUUAGCUCAUACGCUUCACCCAAAUGUUGACAUAAACAAAUCAUGCUAAAAGUCAGGACUGUUUAACACAUUCUUUCAAGAUCAUUUUAUUGAUCUCACAAGGAAAUCAUUUUGUCCAAGUAACCCAAAAUACAGUAAAAUAUGAAUAAAUAGAAUUAAAAAAAAGUAAAAUAGAGUAGUCAGUUAGUUAAAACACCAGCCGUGCGGUAUGCCACAUCAAUAACGUCUUUACAACACUGGCUGCCUUUAGCCACAGUUUCAAUCAGUUUAGGCAGGAGGUAAUGUAGAGUAUUUGGUGUAUAUUCAGAGAGAAAUAUUCCUGACUCCAUCAUGUAGACGGUUCGACUGGGAUUAAAUCUAAACUUAAAGGACGUGUUUAGAGUAAGGAGCAUUUCAGGGUUUCCUCAGGCACUGCCUCCAUCUGUGGUUUCAUUUCUCUCCUAAUAUUUUAGUGUGUCUGUUUGAACACACCCGAAGGUUUACAAGGUAUAUGAUAUAUGCUCUGUGUAACAUUCAUUUCUUAUGCUCAUGGCGUAUGAGCCUAAGAGUAAUUCCAGGUCUUCCAGGUGCCAAUAUUAAAAAUGGUGUGCCAAAUUGUUUCACUGAUUGAGAGAGAAAACAACAAAUAUCUGAAGUACCUUAUAUAAGCUGAACAGCUUGCUCAUCUCUUAAGGCCUGAAUGUCUGGAAUUAGAUUGUGACAUAUUUGUCACAUGUUUGUACUAUGAUCAAGGUUUUAGCUGACAGUGAGCUGGAGAGUGAAAUGUUAUCCUAAAGCUUUACCUUGUGUUUCUAGUUGUUUGUGUUUCUAAGACUAAAGAAGCGUUUGUCCCAUUCUGCUCCCCUUACUUUGUAGGUUCUCACCUGCCUGGCAAGGAGUUUAAAAAAACUGCUAGCAAAUAAAUGCGGAUCCACUUAAACGAUGAAAUGAAAAGAAAUAUUUUAGGGGAAAUCAAGCACAUUCAGCACAUUUUAGUCACCCAGGUUUUUCACCAACUACAGAUGUUAUUUCUUACAGGAACUCUGCAGUUCCUAUAGGAAACAAUAAAUGAAACGAAGAAACAGCAACAUUUAACACCAUUCACUCAUUGUGUCCAGCCUAAGCAUACUGACCUGGUCUAACACACAGUAAACCACUUCUUAGAUUUAUGUUGUAAAUAUUCUCUCCUUAACCAAUGUUAAUAAGAUAUUGUACUCAGAUCACUUUCAAACUUAUGCUCACUUUGUCACUUUGAACAACUAUGUAAACAUGUUAAAGCGGUCCACAGUUGUGAGUGAGGAAUGCAGUUAUUAACCUGCAGAAAAAAGCUCUACAUCCUUUAACAAAUACAAGUAUUAUUGUGUUGCAGUAACUUUGUGAUUUCUUCUUUUUCACUUCUUGUAUUCAGUUGUAAAACAUAGAAAAUGGCAGUUAUGUCAAAAGUUGUUUGGCCUUAGAUUGAAUAGUUUCUGUUAUAAUCUUUAUUUAAUGUUGCUGCACUUUGCCAUUAUACUUUUCAUUUAUUUAUUCUAAGUGUCGUGCAGAUCCAGUUGCACUGUUUCUGUGAGUCGCUCCAUUUGCUCAAACUGUUUUUGUUUUUUGACACAAAAUAUGUAGAUUGAUGUACAGCAUACUUUUACAUUUAAUAAGUAUAUUAAACCUGUUGGAUAUCACCUGUCACAAUUCACAUGUGUUCAUUUUGUGUUUUUGCUUACUUGUGUAAAUAAAAUCCACUUGCUUUGGUUUGGCAAGUCA